AUGAGGUAUGAAACUGCGUUGGAUGCACAGAGACAUUGUCAGGCAGAGAAUGACAAUGAAUCACAGGAGAAAUUCCCUCAAUGUAAGACAGAAUUGUUGAUUGAGAGGCAUGGUUCUGAGGUGUACACCGUUUCUGUAUUUUAUAAAUUUCAAGAUGAAGUUCAUAGUGCUUUUUAUUGUUGUGGUGUAGAUGAAUUGAGGAAGGAAGAUGGUAUUGAUGUAGCAAUUGUUACUGAGGCAAAUAGGAGAAGGAAAUUUAAAGUUUUAUUUGAGUGUUUUAGUCAUGACACUACCUGCUCUUGUAAGAAGUUUUAUAGGAUAGGAAUCCCAUGCAGACAUAUGAUAUGGAUGUGGAAGGCAAAGAAUUUAAAAAGCAUUCCAAAGCAAUAUAUCUUAGAUCGUUGGACAAUAAAUGCUACUCAGAAACCAGUGUUAGAUAUAAGUUGUUUAGACACCGAAGAUGAUAGGCGGGUGGUUAUAAAUGAAAUGUGGUCGGAGAUAUUUUCUUGUGUGAGUUGGGUUAAAGGCCAUGAGGAGGACUUUAUUAAGAAUAUUCGAGAGUUCAAGAAUAUAAUUGAAGCGACAAAAAAUGUUACUUUGGAAGAUACUCAGAAUGUAAGAUCUAGUGAACAUGAUAUUGAGAUGUUAAUAGGAUGUAGCAUUCCUGAUGAAAUACUUGUUCAGCCUCCUAAAGUGUCGAAGAAUAAAGGUACAGGUGUUCACGAUGGCUCUGGAACUAGUGGGUCUAAAAGAUUAAAGGGUGCCAAAGAAAUAGCGGUUGAACAAUCUAAAAAGAAAACGAAGAGGAAAUGCAGUGGCUGUGGCGAGCUAGCAUAUCAUGAUAUUCGGAAUUGUCCUCACAAAGCAUGA